GCGCCCGGCGCAGCGACUGGACUACACCUCGCAGGCGGACAGCGCCAUGAGCCGCAGCCUGGACGCGGCGCAGAACUUCCUGAGGCAGCUGGAGGAGAGGGGCGGCUGGGAAGGGGCGGUCCUCGCCGGCGAGUUCAGCGACAUCCAGGCCCGCUCGGCUGCCUGGAAGAGGGACGGAGUGUGCACUGCCGAGGCCGGCAGCCUGCCGGGAAACGCGAAGAAGAACCGCUACAAAGACGUGCUGCCCUAUGAUCGCACGCGAGUGAUCCUCUCCCUGCUGCAGGAGGAGGGACACGGCGACUACAUCAACGGCAACUUUAUCCGGGGCGCAGACGGGAGCCGGGCCUACAUCGCCACGCAAGGGCCGCUGCCUCACACGCUGCUGGACUUCUGGCGCCUGGUGUGGGAGUUCAGGGUGAAGGUGAUCCUGAUGGCAUGUCGGGAGACGGAGAACGGGCGGAAGAAGUGUGAGCGUUACUGGGCCCAAGAGCAAGAGCCACUGCAGAUUGGGCUUUUCUGCAUUACCCUGACCAAGGAGGCACGGCUGAACCCGGACAUUGUGCACAGGACCCUCCAGGUCACAUUCAAGAAGGAAUCCCGUUCCGUGCACCAGUUGCAGUAUACUUCCUGGCCAGAUCGCGGGGUCCCCAGCAGUUCUGACAAUGUGCUCACCAUGGUGGAAGAAGCCCGGCGCCUCCAUGGACCAGGCCCUGGACCCCUCUGCAUCCACUGCAGUGCGGGCUGCGGGAGAACCGGUGUCCUGUGCACGGUGGAUUACGUGAGGCAGUUGCUGCUGACCAAGAUGAUCCCACCGAACUUCAGCCUUUCGAACGUGGUGCUGGAGCUGCGGAAGCAGCGGCCCUCCGCGGUGCAGACAGAGGAGCAGUAUAGGUUCCUGUACCACACGGUGGCGCAGAUGUUCCGCUCCGCGCUGCAGAGGGCCAGCCCCCGCCACCGGGACCUCAAGGAGAACUGCGCCCCCCUCUACGCCGAGGUCGACUCCCUCCGGAAGUCCCCAGCCCUUUUGGCUACAGCACCCCGGCCGGCAGGCGAGAUCCUCAGAAGCAUCUCGGUGCCCGGGGCGCCGACCCUUGCCAUGGCCCACACGUACGCGGUGGUGCAGAAGCGCGGGGCCCUGGCGGGCGCGGGCCAAGGGGCGCGUACCGGAGACCCCGAGGGGGAGAAGCUCUACAGUCAGGUGACACCGCGCGCCCUGCGGUCGGGGGCGCACUCUGAGGACGCGCGGGGGCCAAUGCCUGCGCAAGCUCCUGCUGACCAAAGCCCUGGGGGACCUGAUGCUUAUGAGGAUGUUGCCAAUGGGGCGCAGACCAGUAGGCUAGGCUUCAACCAGCGCAUUGGAAAGCCAAAAGGGCCGCGGGACCCACCUGCCCAGUGGACCCAGGUGUGAGCGCGCCGGCACCGGCCUGUUGCUCCAUGGGCACCUUGGAUUCUACUGGUGCCUCUGAUGUGGCACGUGUGGUGAAUGAGGACGCUGGGCCUGGAUCACAAUAAGAACUUCUCAGGAUGGGAAAUGUGGGGGCUUAGCCCCCAUGAUGAUAGCAUUCAAAGCUUGAGGCCAAGGGUAGGUGGGGCUGCUCUCAGCCGAUUCAAGAAAAUGUGAUAGGGCUCCCUCGUUGGACAUCGGCAUCCCAUUUGGGCACAGGUUUGGGUCCCCACCACUCCACUCCCGAUCCAGCUCCCUGCUGAUGACCUGGAUAUAGGAACGGAAGAUGGCCCAGGUGCUUGGGCUCCUGCCACUCCCGUGGGUGACCCAGAUGAAGCUCUUGGCUCUUGGCUUCCAUCUGGCUCAGCCCUGGCCAUUGCAGCCAUUUGGGGAGUGACCCAGUGGAUGGAAGAUCUCUGUCUCUCCCCCUACUCCUCUGUAACU